UUCAGCUCAUGGAGCGGCAAUCGCGCUGGCUGGCUGGCUGCAGUUGAGCCGAGUUGGAAAUGUGAACGCAAGAAGCAGGCUUGAUUUUUUUUCUCCCCCCUUCUCUCUCUCUCUCUUCCUCUCUCCCUCUUUCUCCUUUCUCACCCGCACUCACGCACACCUCCAAACCGCACACCCAGACGCACACGCACACCCCACCGCCCGGCAGUUAUGUAUUCUCCGCUCUGUCUCACCCAGGAUGAAUUUCAUCCUUUCAUUGAAGCACUUCUGCCCCACGUCCGAGCCUUCGCCUACACAUGGUUCAACCUGCAGGCCCGAAAACGAAAAUACUUCAAAAAACAUGAAAAGCGUAUGUCAAAAGAAGAAGAGAGAGCCGUGAAGGAUGAGUUGCUAAGCGAAAAACCAGAGGUCAAGCAGAAGUGGGCAUCUCGACUUCUGGCCAAGUUAAGGAAAGAUAUCCGACCUGAGUACCGAGAGGAUUUUGUUCUUACAGUUACGGGGAAAAAGCCUCCAUGUUGUGUUCUUUCCAACCCAGACCAGAAAGGCAAGAUGCGAAGAAUUGACUGCCUUCGCCAGGCAGAUAAAGUCUGGAGGUUGGACCUUGUUAUGGUGAUUUUAUUUAAAGGUAUUCCGCUCGAAAGUACUGAUGGCGAGCGCCUUGUAAAGUCCCCACAGUGCUCGAAUCCAGGGCUCUGUGUGCAGCCCCAUCACAUAGGGGUUUCUGUUAAGGAACUCGAUUUAUAUUUGGCAUACUUUGUGCAUGCAGCAGAUUCAAGUCAAUCUGAAAGUCCCAGCCAGCCAAGUGACGCUGACAUUAAGGACCAGCCAGAAAAUGGACAUUUGGGCUUCCAAGACAGUUUUGUCACAUCAGGUGUUUUUAGUGUGACUGAGCUCGUAAGAGUGUCACAGACACCAAUAGCUGCAGGAACUGGCCCAAAUUUUUCUCUCUCAGAUUUGGAAAGUUCUUCAUACUACAGCAUGAGUCCGGGAGCAAUGAGGAGGUCUUUACCCAGCACAUCCUCUACCAGCUCCACGAAGCGCCUCAAGUCUGUGGAGGAUGAAAUGGACAGUCCUGGUGAAGAGCCAUUUUACACAGGCCAAGGGCGCUCCCCGGGCAGCGGCAGUCAGUCCAGCGGGUGGCAUGAAGUGGAGCCAGGAAUGCCAUCUCCAACCACCCUGAAGAAGUCGGAGAAGUCUGGUUUCAGCAGCCCCUCCCCUUCGCAGACCUCCUCCCUGGGAACUGCAUUUACCCAGCACCACCGACCUGUCAUCACAGGACCCAGAGAAUUCAAGAUGGUUCCCAGCAUCCUCGGUUCUCCUUUCUGGAAAAUCUACUCAGCAAGCCCGCACGCAACACCGUCGACUCUUCAUUUCCCGACAUCGCCCAUUAUCCAGCAGCCCGGGCCUUACUUCUCUCACCCAGCCAUCCGCUAUCACCCUCAGGAGACGCUGAAAGAGUUUGUCCAACUUGUCUGCCCUGAUGCUGGUCAGCAGGCUGGACAGGUGGGGUUCCUCAAUCCCAAUGGGAGUAGCCAAGGCAAAGUGCACAACCCAUUCCUUCCCACCCCGAUGUUGCCACCGCCGCCACCACCACCGAUGGCCAGGCCUGUGCCUCUGCCAGUGCCAGACACGAAGCCUCCGACCACGUCAGCAGAAGGAGGUGCAGCCUCCCCCACCUCACCAACCUACUCGACACCCAGCACCUCCCCCGCAAACCGAUUCGUCAGUGUUGGACCACGGGAUCCAAGCUUUGUAAAUAUCCCUCAACAGACACAGUCCUGGUACCUGGGAUAAAAGUCGCAGCAUCCCACCAUCCACCAGACAGACCACCUGACCCCUUCUCAACUCUGUAACAUGGACGCAUCCUCAACCCAGCGCGGUUACAACUUCACUGUCAGUGGAAGGGGAGAAUCCAAUCAACUUGUACAUGGAAACAGCGAGCAUUAUGGUCAAACAGCAAAGGCCAUAACCUUUUGGGAUUUUUUUUUUAAAUACUUUAGGGACUGUUGUAAUUUUCUCAUAUGGUGCUGGAAAUGGUUGGGCUUUGUAACAUUGGGAGUGUUUCAUGGUAGCGUGAGCAUUAGGUGAUGUGGCUAGUGGAGGUCUACCCUUGCUCACUGACUUCCCAUUGUAACACACUUUCCUUACGGAGCCUGGCUGUUUCACAGUAUUUCAUGAAUUUACCCACACAGGUGUGAGCCUCCUUGAGUCAUCAGGAGGCGCAUAGAGAACGAAAUCUUUUGUAGUAGCUGAGAUCUGCAAUAUAUAACUUACGGGACAGUCAAAGGGCAAUGUUUUUCUGUAACAUAUUGGAAAAAGAAAAUGCAGUUAUGUUCCUUUUUUAUUUUUUCUUUUGGUUUGGUUUGGUUCAGCAGUCAGCAGUUAAAUAUAUAACAUGGCCCACAAGGACAGUGAAUCCACUCACGUUGCAGAACAAUUCCGAAAUGACAAACUACUACUACUACUAUUCAGUUUUUUAAAAGUUGUGAAAUGCUGCACUUACAUUUAAAAAAAAAAAAAAAAACACAUUUUUUUCAACAAUUUCAACAAUGACACACAAAUUCACAUGGAAAUGGGGAAGAUGGUCUGUUUUGACAGAAACUGACAGGAAUCAAUCAAAACAAUCGAAUUUUGAAAUGAGUAAAGUGCAAUUUCAUUGGAUAGCUAAAUAUCUUUGUAAGAUAGAGAUUGUUGAAAAUUCUAUUUUUGUUUUUCAAGUCCUUCCACCCCAGGACUCUAAAUUAUCGGGGUAAAAAACAGCCUUGCAAGAAAAAGGGGAGCUAUUUUUGCUUUUUAUGUUUUUUAUUGUUAAACUUGUAUCCCUUUAAAAACUGAAGGAAAAUUUAAAAAAAAAAAAAACAAAAAAACAAAUCUAAUGGUGCUUUUACCACGAUAUGUUAACUACAUUAAAUGCUAAUUAAUUAUUUUCUGUUAUCAAAGCACAUAACUAAAAUGAAAUCAUGGUAUCUGUUAAUUUUAUAAGCUAGAAGUCACUAUAAUGGAUUAUGCCAAUUCUGAAAAUUUUUACAUGUAUCCAGCAACAUAGGAUUUAUCAGUUUUCAGACACUUCAUUGUACCAGAGAUUGUCCAGAACUUUUCAAGACCUUUGCGCCCCUGAACUGGGCUAUGGGAAAAAAAAUAAUAAUAAUAAUAAUAAUAAUGAAACCAAUACUGACAUAAAUGC